GGUUUACAAUAAAGAGUGAGUUAUUCACUAGUUACUCGUGAAUGUGGUGUUUACUGUCUCACACCAAGUACUGUCUGGUUUUGUCUACACGACACAAUUGCUGCUACAAGCAACCGACCAACCGACGCGACCGUUUUGACCAUGACCGUGGUACCAAGCACCGUUUCCUCCACUCCGCCGCUGGCAAAUUACGGGAUCCUGACCGGGCAGUUGUUCUUGUAUGCGGGGGGCAGAGCCGCCUUCGAAUCGGCUUCGGCGUCCGGCGUCGGGAGCGAACUUCCUCCCCGGAAAAAGUGCAUCCUUCUGGGUGGACUGAGCGACGGCUUGCUACCCGUCCCCUACACCGGGAUCUUGGAGAAGGCCUGCCACGAGAACGACUGGUCGCUGGUCCAGCCCGUUCUGUCGAGCUCUUACCUCGGCUUUGGGCACGGUUCCCUCGACCGGGACUGCUCCGAGAUCGAGGAGCUGAUGAAGUACCUGUGCGAGUAUCGGAACGCGGAAGAGUUUGCCCUGGUGGGCCAUUCCACGGGGUGCCAGGAUGCAGUGCAUUUUCUGCAGCACGCCGGGCCCGAGUUCCGCAAGAAGACGAGCCUCGUGGCCCUGCAGGCCCCCGUCUCCGACCGGGAGGGUACCGAGCUCGAGGAGGGCUUUCCCGAAAAACUGCAAGAAGCGCAGAAGAUGGUGUCGGAAGGAAGGGGGGACGAGAUGCUGCCGCGGUCCUUUCACUGGGCCCCGGUGACGGCCCAGCGCUACGUCGACCUGCACUCCAGGGGCGGGAGGGACGACUUCUUUUCCAGCGACUACACGGACGCCGAGCUGGAGGCCCGCCUCUCGUACGUGGGAGGGGAUCCCUCGCAGCAUCCCGGCCUCAGGGUGCUGGUGGCCUUUUCGGGGGCCGACGAAUACGUUCCGGAGCACGUGGACCGGCCAAAGCUCACCGAGCGAUUGGUCGUCGCCAUGAACGCGAAGAGCAACGGCAGGGCGGUGGCGGAAAGCCUCUACCUCGAGACGGGGAACCACAAUCUAUCGGAGGGACCAGUGGACGCCGCCGCUUUCGUCCAACGGCUUUCGGAACUUUUCAGGGGAACCGAGUGAUUGGAAUGGAUUGCUGCGGUCCCCUUGCCGUGGUUCGAGAAUCGUGUACGGUAUUGUAGUAGUCUAAGAUAGUG